GGCAAUAGGGAGGAGGCCCAGCUUGUCUGUGAGCUGCGGCAGAUGAGCCGCACCCGGUCAUCCCUUCCAUGGUCCUCGGUCAAGGCCCAGUGAUCGUUAUCGUUUCGCUUAUCCACGGAGAAUGAGAGAUUGAGACGCCACACCUCGCGCUGUCCUGCAUUACGCCCGUCCCAGCCCACAGUUUUGUUUGUCCAUAUCACGUUCUGUUUGGAUAUAAUCUCCCACCGCCCUACCAUACUUCCGAGAGCGUGGUGGUGGAAAACAGAGAGAGCAGGUCAUAAUCGAUUGACUGAAAGGUCAAAAGUGGCUGGUGAUUGAUGUAAAUGGGAAUUUGUUCUGCUGCUAAAUAUAGUUGAUUUGUGGUUUUGACUGCUUGAUCUAUUAUGUCGAGCAUAUCUCAGAUGUACCUCCCGAUAUCAUCUCUACCAUUCCAUUGAGAGACCAAAUAACCAUGUUCUCUUUGCCUCCUAGCUCUGUACAAUCUUUUGGGGAAAUUUGUUCCAUCUCUUGGCUUUAGGGUGUCUGAGAUUAUGACCUUUCAGGUCCUGCACAUACCAGCCCUAAAGGUUAGACUUAGCCACAGGUAUUAUAGUUGCACGUCUGUUUCAAGAUGCAAGGCUUCCUCAAACUUCCAUGCAAACAUGGGAAUUCGAAGACCUAUACAUCUAUCUGAAGGUAUUAAUUCUCGUCAGGUUGAGGUAAUAGGUCCAAUGCCAUCUUAUGCAUUGAAAAGGGCAGAUAAAAAAUCUGUUAUAAAAUGUUCCGCUUCAGAGAACAACCAGACUGAGGUGCAAAAAAUCCAAUCAGCUAGUUGAACUCCCUCUCUUUCCACUUCAUUUGGUUCUUUUCCCAGGCAUAACUCAUUGCUUCCAGAUAUUUGAAUUCAGACACCGUAUGAUGAUGCACACUCUUCUCCAAAGUGAUCUCAGAUUCGGGGUAAUCUAUUCAAAUAACUCCAAUGUUACUGUUGAUGUUGGAUGUGGGGUGGAGAUAGUCAAGCUUGAAAGGCUCGUCGAUGAUCGGUACUAUGUAUUAUGUAAAGGACAGGAGCGUUUCCGAAUUAUAAAUUUUAUAAGGACAAAACCUUAUCUGGUUGCAGAAGUUCAGUGGUUGGAGGAUCGGCCUUCCACAAAUGGCCACCAAGACCUUAAUUCUCUUGCGCUUGAGGUGGAGAGUUGUUUGAAGGAUGUGAUCCGGCUUUCUAAGAAGCUGAAUAGGAAGCCAGAAUUAGAAACCAAGGAUCUGCCCAGGAAUCUUUUCCCAACUCCAUUCUCGUUCUUUGUUGGGAGCAACUUUGUAAAUGUUCCAAGAGAGCAACAGGCAUUGCUGGAACUGGAGGACACAGCGUUGCGGCUGAAGAGAGAGAAAGAAACCUUGAGGAAUACGCUCAACUACUUAGCUGCUGUAUGUGCAGUCAAAGAUGCAUUUCAGUUCUCCUCAUUCAAUGAGAAUUAGUAGAAAUGCUAGUGCAUCAGAGACUGCAAAGCUGAAUAAGAUCUGUCAUUGAUUGCUGCACUUGUAAAUAGAUGAUCUCUAUGUUUACCCCCUCUCAAUCCUCUUUCUGGAGUGAAGCCUGCACUUGUAAAUUGGCUUUUACAAUCUCGGAUCUGUAUAUUUUUGCUUGAAGUCCUUUAAUGUGCUCUGUUAUGGUUGUCUCAAAAUAAAGGUAUCUUAGAUUGAAAUCUAUUGCUAAGGUGUUGUGCUGAUUUCCUACACUAACUGUGAGCAAAUGUUUGCAUAUCUUGAACUACUUUCAGAAAUUAAUUGAAGCCUGAGCAAA